CAAACUUUAGCCCUUGGCAGGUGCAUGAGAAGCGCGUCCAAAUACUCCACAGAUAACGUGUACACCCUGCAUUCCGCGAACGCCACGGGUCACCGCCGAGUGAUUCUGGCAUUAUGAUUUUUCUUGAUGGGUAUUCAAGCUUGUUUUGUAAAGCCGUUCAGUGCCCCUACAAGUCAAUUGUCUUAAACCUCGUCGAACUUUGCCCACCUUUCCGGACGCUAACUUGCUUCUAACCGGUACCGUCGUCACUCGUGUGUCACCAAUCACUGCAGAAUUACUGCCAGGAUGGCCUCCCCGGAAAAGCAAGUCGUGCACCAGGAUGGUGAUUCCGUGAAUCAUGCUGUACGAAAGACGAUUUUCGUGGUCGGUUUGGGGAUGGUGGGGAUAGCGUUUAUCGAGAAGAUGUUGUCCUUGGAUGAAGCAAAACGUUAUCGCCUGGUGACAUGCGGUGAAGAAAAACAUCUAGCGUACAAUCGUGUUGCACUCACGGACUAUUUUCAACACCGCUCUGUCGAGAAGCUCUAUCUGAAUGAAGUGGAGUGGUAUGCUCAACAAGAUCCAGAGCGGUUUCUUUUCCAUAUUGGAGAACAGGCUACCUCGUUGGAUACUGUCGCGCAUUCUGUCACGACCAGCAAAGGGCGCAGGAUAAGUUAUGAUUACUGCGUUCUUGCUACUGGCUCCGAAAGCACUCUCCCGUCGUACGUUUCCCCGGCCAGGGCUGAGCAAACUCGAGGAGUAUUUGUUUAUCGAAAUAUCUCGGAUCUCGACAAAAUAUUAUCGUAUUCUGAGCAGGAACACGUUAAAGGUGGCUGCGCUGUUAUCGUUGGAGGUGGACUCAUUGGAUUGGAGGCCGCAAAAGCGGUCUUUGAUCUUGAAACAAUUUCGGAAGUCGUGAUAAUCAACCGUCAAGCCUUCCCGCUGUCGCGCCAACUCGACGAUGAAGGUGGAGAGAUUGUCCUUCGCCGUAUUGAAGCAAUGGGCGUGCGAGUCUUCACCAGGACAUCUGUCAAAGAUAUCAUCGCCUCAGAUGGUGUUUUGAGUGGCCUCACUCUGUCAGACGAUCAACAUCUUAAGGCUCAGAUGGUCAUCUAUGCUAUUGGCAUCACCCCUCGAGAUGACUUGGCUCGCCAGGCGGGCCUCAAGUGCGUUGAAAAGGGAGGUAUAGUUGUCAAUGACCUGUUGCAGACCAGUGCUCAAGAUGUCUAUGCAAUCGGCGAGUGCGCGAGUUGGAAGGGCAACACUUAUGGUCUCAUUGCACCUGGUGUGGAGAUGGCCGACAUCCUAUCGUUCAAUUUCACCCAAGUUGAUACUGGUCUUGGUAACUUCAAAUCAAGGGUGAUGAACAUGCCUGACCUCUCAACAAAGCUGAAAUUGAUGGGAGUCGAUGUCGCCUCCUUUGGUGACUACUUCGCGGACAGGCGCAGUGCACGGGGUGUCCUCACCAGUAAGGUGGUAGUCGCAGAGUCGCAGGCUCGAGACAAAGCCGAAAACGCGAUAGUGAAGGAAGGUGAAGUUGCAAUCAACACCGUUACCACGCAGAUGAAGCACGGAAACCGGCAGGCCGCACUGGAAGGUCCUAUUGAAUGCUUAACUUAUCGCGAUCCGUUCUCGUAUGUCUAUAAGAAAUACAUCUUCACCGUGGACGGCAAGUACUUGUUGGGUGGCAUGAUGGUUGGUGAUACAUCUGACUAUGUCAAACUCGUGUCCUUGGUCAAGAAGAAGAAAGAGCUAGAGGAACCACCAUCCAAGUUCAUAAUCGGAUCAGGGUCAAAGGGUCAGGACGAUGGCGCUGACCUCGACGAUGACACCCAGAUCUGUAGCUGCCACAAUGUCGCAAAGGGCGCGAUUGGCGAUUCCGUGAAAGCGGGUGUCAACACUCUGUCAGACCUCAAGGCUAAGACAAAAGUUGGUACUGGAUGCGGCGGAUGCAUGCCUUUGGUCACAAACAUAUUCAAGGCAGAGAUGAAGAAAGCAGGACAUACUAUGUCGAACAACCUUUGUCCCCACUUUGGUAUGACUCGACAAGAGCUCUUCGGCGUCGUGAAGAUACGCAAGUUGAAAACAUUGCCAGAGAUCAUGGAGGCUGCCGGUGUGAAGAAGGAUUCGAUCGGAUGCGAGAUAUGCAAGCCGGCCAUCGGUUCGAUCCUGUCGUCAUUGUAUAACGAGCUCGUACUCGCACCUAUACACCACGCCAAUCAAGACACCAAUGAUAAAUACCUCGCUAACAUUCAAAGGAAUGGUACAUUUUCUGUCGUUCCUCGAGUUGCUGGAGGUGAAAUCACGCCGGAUAAACUCAUUGUUCUCGGACAAGUCGCAAAGAAAUACAACUUGUACACCAAGAUCACAGGAGGACAACGCAUCGACCUCUUCGGCGCUCAGAAGCAAGAUCUCCCGGACAUUUGGGAGGAGCUCAUCGCUGCAGGAUUCGAAAGUGGACAUGCUUAUGGAAAAGCCUUGCGGACUGUGAAGUCUUGCGUUGGCACCACAUGGUGCCGCUACGGAAUUGGCGAUUCUGUUGGAAUGGCCAUUCACCUUGAAGAGCGGUAUAAGGGCAUCCGUUCGCCUCACAAGUUUAAGGGUGGUGUGAGUGGUUGUGUUCGAGAAUGCGCCGAAGCACAGUCCAAGGACUUCGGGUUGAUCGCAACUGACAAAGGGUGGAACAUUUUCCUCGCUGGCAAUGGUGGAUCGAAUCCGAGACAUGCAACGCUUUUUGCUACAGAUGUGCCUCCGUCGAAGGUUGUGCGCAUCCUUGAUCGGUUUUUAAUGUACUAUAUCCACACUGCCGACAAGCUCAUGCGAACUGCGAGAUGGGUAGAACAGUUUGAUGGCGGUAUGGAGCGACUCAAGAAGAUUCUUCUUGACGAUGAGCUUGGCAUCUGCGAGGACCUGGAGAGGGAAAUGGGCGAGCUCAUCGGCUCUUACGCAGAUGAAUGGAAAGCUGUGGUCAAUGAUCCUGCGAGGAGACGUCAGUUCCGUCAGUUCGUCAACACUGAUGAACGUCGCCCUCAAACGGAAAUCAUCAAAGAGCGAGGGCAGGAACGUCCAGCAAACUGGCCGAAACAAUUGCCUCCCGCCAAACCAGUCAUUGUUACUCCCAAAUCUGAGUGGGGGUGGCGAAAAUUGGCCACUGUCCACGAUCUUAUGCCGACUGAUGACGCCACCACCUCUGCCGCCGUCAAGUACGGUGACUCGCAGUUGGCCAUCUUUCACAUUCCCAGACGGGGCUACUUUGCCACGCAACAGAUGUGCCCACACAAGCGGGCUUUCGUACUUGAUCACGGCAUUGUUGCCGACGAUCUGGAUGGAAAUCUCUACGUCUCAUGCCCUCUGCACAAACGGAACUUUCGCCUGACAGACGGUAAAUGUUUGAACGACGAAGACUUUUCCAUAAUCCCAUUCGACGUGAAGCAAGAAAUCGAUGAUCUCCUCGUACUCCUCCCUGAUUCAGACACGUUGGAUGCAGUCAUCGGAACAAGUAAAUGGAUGGUCAAACAAGCCUCGGCUGAGCUUGCUUCACGCGGUGGUGGAGAAGGGAUCGAAAUUGCCGGCGUCGACAUCGGUCUAUCUGAGAGUGGGUCUGCGUGCUCUGGGGGGAAAAGUUCGUGCAGUGGGGGAAAUGCAUCAUUGGAUUGGUGAUUCGCUUAAUUUGGUGAUGUAGUAGGGGACCCCCUAGCCAAGGGGUGAGAGUAGAGGAAGGUUUGGCGGUGUUUGAGCCGGGUUUAGCCGAGAGGAGAGUCGUUAGAGUCAUCGGAUG